CCAUUCACCAUCAUCAUUUUUUAAAUCUAACAAUCAUGUCUUGCUACAAGGGAAAGUACGCUGAUGAGCUUAUUGCCAAUGCUGCCUACAUUGGCACACCCGGCAAGGGUAUUCUUGCUGCUGAUGAGUCCACUGCCACGAUCGGAAAGCGCCUUUCCAGCAUCAAUGUCGAGAACAACGAGUCAAACAGGCGAGCCCUACGUGAGCUUCUUUUCUGCACUCCUGGUGCCCUUCAAUACAUCAGUGGAAUCAUCCUCUUUGAGGAGACUCUCUACCAGAAGACUGCUGCAGGUAAGCCGUUUGUUGAGCUAAUGAAGGAGGCUAAGGUCCUUCCUGGAAUCAAGGUUGACAAGGGUGUUGUCGAGCUUGCUGGAACCAACGGCGAGACCACUACCACAGGUCUUGAUGGUCUUGGCCAGCGGUGCGCUCAGUACUAUGAAGCCGGUGCUAGGUUCGCCAAGUGGCGUGCCGUUCUCAAGAUUGGCCCCAACGAGCCAUCCCCGCUUUCCAUUAUGGAAAAUGCUUAUGGGUUGGCCCGAUAUGCGAUCAUAUGCCAAGAGAACGGUCUAGUCCCCAUUGUCGAGCCAGAGAUCCUUGUUGAUGGACCUCAUGACAUCAACAAGUGUGCUGAUGUAACCGAACGCGUCCUGGCUGCAUGCUACAAGGCUCUUAAUGACCAUAAAGUGCUUCUUGAGGGUACCCUUUUGAAACCCAACAUGGUCACCCCUGGAUCUGACGCCAAGAAGGUUGCGCCUGAGGUGGUGGGUGAGUACACUGUCCGUGCCCUUCAACGAACCAUGCCUGCAGCGGUCCCAGCCGUUGUGUUCUUGUCUGGUGGUCAAAGCGAGGAGGAGGCCUCGGUCAACCUCAAUGCCAUUAACCAGUACAAGGGUAAGAAGCCAUGGAGCUUAACCUUCUCGUAUGGACGGGCCCUACAACAGAGCACCCUCAAGGCCUGGGCCGGUAAGGAAGAGAAUGUGAAGAAGGCGCAGGAGGUGUUCCUUGGUCGUUGCAAGGCCAAUUCUGAGGCGAGUGAAGGGAAAUACAAGGGUGGUGCUGCUGGCGAGGGUGCUAACGAGAGCCUUCACGUCAAGGACUACAAGUACUGAUUUGUCACGGGUACAAACAUAUCUGAUAUCUCGUGGGCUUAAGCCUCGGGUCAUAUACGUUUUGGUUUUUUAUUUUCUAGUGUUAGUAACGAUGCCUAAAAAUAAGCCCAAAAAGUGUUGGGCAUUGGUCGAGGAUAAUGAUAACCCGACCCGUUUUAAACUUCUUUUUUUAUUUUUUUUUUCUUUUUAUGGUCUGUACAUAUUCACAAAUUGUUCAACCAACCAUGUAAUCACAACUUUUUGUGAAUUAUUGA